AUGCUUCUACCAAGAGCCAGUGUUCUAAAAACUCGUCUACUAAAAACUCGUCUACUACAACCGCUUAAAUUCGCGCAACAGUCUCGAGCUAUGCAGAUAAAGUCGAUUCCAAUGUGGACCGGGAGCCAUGAUAACUAUGCGUAUCUGGUGGUAGACGACAAGACGAAAGAUGCAAUGGUUGUAGACCCAGCGAACCCGCCAGAGGUGCUACCGUACUUGGAGAAGACGCUAGCGGCGGAGGGGAUUACUCUGAAGGGUAUUAUCAAUACGCACCAUCAUUAUGACCAUGCCGGCGGUAAUAAAGAGCUGCUCAAACACUAUCCGGUCCCAAUCCUCGGCGGAAAAGACUGCGAGGGCGUGACAAAAAUCCUCAAAGAUGGCGAGACCUUCACCAUUGGCAAGGGGAUCAGCGUCAAGUCAUUGCACACACCGUGCCAUACUCAAGAUAGUAUCUGCUAUUUUGCCCAGGAUGGAGAUGAGAAGGCAGUAUUUACGGGGGAUACUCUGUUCAUUGCCGGCUGUGGUAGAUUCUUCGAGGGUACGCCAGAGGAGAUGCACAAAGCGCUGAAUGUGACGCUGGCUUCACUCCCGGACGAUACGAAGGUCUACCCGGGGCAUGAGUAUACAAGGUCUAAUAUCAAGUUCGGACAGCAUGUCACGGAUACGGUGCCGGUGCAAAAGCUGGCAAAGUUCUGUGCAGAGAACGAACAGACACAAGGGAAAUUCACCAUUGGGGAUGAGAAGCAACAUAACGUUUUUAUGAGGGUUGAUGACCUGGCUGUUCAGCAAGCCACCGGUGAAAUUGAACCAGUUGCGGUUAUGAAGAAACUUCGGGAGAUGAAGAAUAGUUUCAAGUAG